AUGUCUUUAAACUGUGGAGCAAUUUUUCUGUUAGGCCUAGUGGCACUUUAUGGUGUCGUUACGAAAGCAACGCCUGUAGACUUUGGGAAUUGUACGGGUGUUACACAGCACAUUAGUGCCAUCACCGUCGACGUAACCCCUUGCCCAGAACAGCCAUGCGAAUUCAAGAAAGGAACUAAUGUUACCUGCACCAUCUCGUUCACUCCCACGGAGUUGGUAUCGAAUGGGACACUGAAGGUUUACGGUAUUCUUGGAGAUGUGAAGAUACCUUUUCCAUUACCUAAUCCUAACGCUUGUUCCAACCAUGGCCUUACUUGUCCGUUGAAAUCAGGAGCGCCAGUUGAAUUGACAAUAACUUUGCCGGUAAAAUCCGAAUAUCCUUCCGUGACAGUAGUAGCUGAGUUUGAGUUGGAAGACCAGGAUUCUAACAAUGUGUUCUGUUUCAAAAUUCCUGUUAAAAUUGAAGACGCUUAUGAAAACGUGGAAGCUUGA